AUGGCGCCUCACUUCAACGAGACGAUCGUGGAUGCUCCAAAUGCGCUGUCAGCGAGGGCAGCACCUCUUUGCCACAUCAUCACCCCAGUGGGCAUGCUAGGUUAUGGCUUCAACGAGACUGAGACCAAUGAUGCUCUCGCCAAAGCCGUCGGUGCCCAUGACGCUCCAGUAGCCUUGAUCCUCGACUCUGGCUCUACCGAUUCUGGUCCGUCAAAACUGGCGCUGGGAACUACGACAUGCCCGCGAAGUUCCUAUGUUCGUGACUUGCGUCGUCUGCUGAGGCUUGGAGUAAAGUACCAGGUGCCUGUUUUGACCUCGUCCGCCGGUGGAGAUGGAAGCGACGACCAUGUUGAGCUCCUCACUGAUAUCAUAUCCGAGCUGGCAAACGAAGCAGAACAUGCAUCAUGGAAGCUCAAAGUGCUCUCAAUCUUCUCUGGCAUCUCAAAAGACAUCGUCAGCCAAAGACUGGCGGAUGGAAAAGUAACGGGGUCCGGUCCUGCGGUCCCGAAACUCGAACAAGAAGUCCUCAACACGACACCUCGCGUAGUAGGCCAGAUGGGCCCAGAACCAUUCCUGCAGGCCAUGAUCGCAAAUCCAGACUUCAAUGUGGUGAUUGGAGGCAGAGCAUACGACCCAGCACCAUACGUAGCCUUCUGCGCCUUUCACUCGAGGAAACACGCCCCCAAUGGCACGCUCGCAAACAUGUCAUCGCUCGAGCUCGGCGCUUUCACCCACAUGGGCAAGAUCCUUGAAUGUGGCGGACUCUGUGCGACGCCCAAGAGCAAAGGUGCUGCUGCUACGGUGUAUCAAGACGGCAGUUUCGAGAUGCGUCCGCUAGAUCCACAUGCAAGAUGUACUCCAUUAUCUGUAGCCGCGCACACCUUGUACGAGAAGACACGCCCAGACAUUCUGAUCGGUCCUGGCGGCUAUUUGGAUCUGACCAAGUCGACCUAUGUACAGUCUGCUGAUGGCGUCUCCGUUCUGGUGAAAGGGUCUUCAUUCCAGCACGUCGAAGCUCAGGGAAUUCCUUACACCGUCAAGCUUGAAGGAGCCCGAGUGGCCGGUUACCGCACACUCAUGAUGGGUUCUUUCUGCGAUCCGAUUCUCAUGCCGCAAAUCGAUACCUUCCUGGAUCGUAUCAAAGACGAGCUUGCCCAGUCUAACGGCGACAUCGAAGAGCACUGGGACUUGACUUGGCAUGUGUAUCCAGGAGAUAAGGCGGUAUUUGUCGUAGGGGAAGUCCUGGCAGCUACCCAAGCAGACGCAACGAACCUCGCAUCGACCGCUCGAGUGUUCUGCAUGCAUGCUGCGUAUCCAGGACAGAAAGCAACAUCUGGAAACUUCGGCAUGGGAAUUGGCGGACAACUGGAAGUUCAAGUGGGAGAGUGCGCCGAAUUCUCCGUCUACCAUCUCCUCGAGCUGGGCCCUGGCGAAGAGUGUCUCCAGUCUCGAGAUAGUCCUCAUGGAUUGUUCAGACUUGCGGCAAAGAUCGUAGGCGAAGGUCGUCAAUCACAUGCGAACAUUCCAACUCCCAACGUCGUAUCGUCCACGCCCGCAGUAAAGAAGGCAGCGAAACCAGCGGCGAUCCUCAAGCCAGCAUCGAAUACAAAGGCGCCACCUCGGACGUUGAUUGACGUGGCCAAAGUCGUGCGCUCGAAAAAUGCCGGACCUUACGAGAUCACUCUCGAUGUAAUGUUCGACGACCAGGCAACGUACGAGGUCGUCAAAAAAGCCGACAUCCUGAAUGCCGCAGUCAUUUCGAGAAUGUUCGGGCUUCAAGAGGACCAAAUCAUCUGGUCAGGGUUCUUCGAUGCAGCCAUGGCAUUCAAAGCAACGAUUCCGAGGCAGAGGAACGGGCAAGCAUCGUGUUCAGGCGGAUAUGGAGAGAAUGAUGUUCACGGAUCGCAGCAAUACGUGCCCCUCGCCAUGUUAGAACUCCCAGCGAGUCUACUCGAUAGACUAGUCUGA